AUGUUGGGUGUGAUUACGAUAAGCUUUUUGGCUUUCACUGCUCUAUGUAGCGCCGAUCCUGAGACUGGACUAAGCAAGAUGUUCGCUCCGAUCUUGUUCCCUCCGACUGCUGACUUUCAUGAUGUACAUGACGGUCCAAUUUCUGCUGAGUAAGCUUUACUUAAAAUUUAGAGUACUGUGGCUAUUUUUGCAUAUUCAAAUAAAAAUUUAAAAAAUUAAAAUAAAUGAAGCCUCUGGGCUUGACCGCAGCGAAUAAGCCGGUCAAACCAUACGUCUAAAAUAAGUCAGAGCUUUGUUUUGCUAGCAAAUACACUGAUUAACACAAAAAUUUUUUGUGCCGAAACUAAAAUUGUUAUUUCAGAAACCUCGACUACUAUGAUGCCGUAGCAGCUGGACUUGAUGGCCCAGUUGGACCAGUUGUCCGGCCUGCCUUUGUCUUCCAACCUCCAGUAGAACAACUUCCAAUCUUCCGACCAGUCCAAGCUCCCCUUGUUGUUGAUGAAGACAUUCCACCAAUGAAAGUGUCACAAAAAGACUUUGAAACUAAAAAACUAGCCAACUUUGCUCUCUUUGCUCCAAACCAAGGAAGCGAUGGAUUCGAAGUUAAAACUCAAGAGGUACCAGUAACUACUGGCAGUCCCAAAAUAAUCGAAGUCAAUGCCGAGACUCAGGAAGAGAAAACUGAAAUUAAGGAGGUUGAGACGACUACGGAAGAAGUGAUUGUACCUCCACUGGCUGAAAAGUUUGUCGUAUCAUUUGAUUAG